CGCGCCGACGUCGGACACGCAGAUGGCGACACCGGCGUUAUUUACAACUCCGCCAUAGCAACGGAACUAGUGAGAUGUCAUUUUGACACAAAGUAAAUUUGUUUUAUUUGCUGAUUGUAUUUAUCGCUUAAUUUGUUAAAAGAGAACGCCUGAUUAGCGAGUGCCAAUUUUCGAUGUGCCAGGACCCCAACGAUUCCCUCCAGCGAGAUGGCCACAGCUCUGUACAAUGAUAAAGACACCUCAGACGAGCUAUGGAAGGAGUGCGCCAAGUGGCUCACGAGGUGGGGGAUGCUGCGGAGCGACCACCGGGCCAACUGGCCGGACGCGUGUAUCGCAGACCUAGCAAACAUACUCAGAGAUGGGGUGCUCCUGUGCAAAUUGCUCAAUAAAGUGGAUCCAGGAUGCAUCGACAUGAAGGAUGUCAACUUAAAGCCAACAAUGGCUCAAUUCUUGAGCCUUCACAACAUCCAGCUGUUUUUAAAAGCCUGCGUGAUUUCAUUCGGGCUGAAGGAGCACGAACUUUUCGAUCCUUUGGUGCUUUUUGAGUUAACCAAUUUCCACAAAGUAUUAUGUACACUCUCAAGGUUCUCCCUUUGUACCAAAGCACAACAAGGGGGCAUAAUGGGGUUUCAAGCUCACAAGGUUAAAACUCAAGCAGAUGACCUCAUCUACCAGAGCCUCAAAUCAGUCGAACCACCAUCCAAUGAUAGAGGAAUGAGUGACCCGAUUUAUGACACCGCGAGCGAGGAGAUUUAUCAGGAUUUGUGCGUCGUGCGCAUACCGUUCGAGCUGCAACCCACGUUCGAAAAGAGGGAUUUCGUGAUUAAGGAGUUGUUGGACACGGAGAAGAAUUACGUGGAGGUGUUGGCUAAGUUGAAGAGGAAUUUUAUGCAGCCGUUGAGUAAUCAGAUGAAGCAACAAGAUCAUGAGAGGGUUUUUUAUAAAAUAAAUGAACUGCACGAAAUUCAUUCCGAGUUUCAUCGGGAGCUUAAAAGGUUUAGGGAUCCGAUGAAUAAGCUGAGUUUGAUUUUUAUGAGGUGGAGGGAGAGGUUUUUGGUUUAUGGAGGCUAUUGUGCUAAUUUGACUCGGGCGACAAAUUUGUUACAAGAGUUGUGUGAUAACGAUGAGAAUUUUAAUGCAACCGUGGUGGCUUAUGAAAAAGAGGACAAUAAUGGGAGGUUUAAACUCAGGGACGUCUUAUCAGUCCCUAUGCAAAGAAUUUUAAAGUAUCAUCUUCUUCUACAGAAGCUUAUCGAAAAUACUGACCAUAACCAUGAUGAGUAUAAUGACCUGACGCGGGCCCGAGAAGCCAUGUUGGACGUGGCCGGAUUUAUAAACGAAGCCGCUCGCGAUAGCGAGCACUUGGAAGUCAUACAUAACCUCCAAGAAAACAUCGGUGAAUGGGAUAGGUCGCCCUAUCACCGCUUAACCAACUACGGUAGACUGAUCAAAGACGGCGAACUCAAAAUCAAAGCUCACGACGAUCAAAAAAUCAGAAACCGAUACGUGUUCAUCUUUGAUAAAUGUAUUUUAAUUUGUAAACAGCUCAAGGGUCAACAGUUCGCUUUCCGUAACAUAAUCAACAUAAGUGAAUAUCACGUGGACGAGACCCAUAAUAGGGCCAUCCUGGGUCGGGACGCCCGAUUCGGGUACAGUUUCCACUUGGUGAAGAACGACAACGUGAUGGUGUAUACCGUCUUCGUCCGGUCUAUAGAGUUGAAGCAGCAGAUGAUCAAAGCGAUCAAAGACGCACUGGACAACAUCCAUCCUCAGGCCAUCAAGCGCACGAACCACUCGUUCGAACUGACGACGUUCGACGAACCCGUUCAGUGUUUCCAUUGCUCAAAGUAUUUAAAAGGGUUGAUCUAUCAAGGGUAUAGAUGUUCGGUGUGUAACAUAGGGGUGCAUAAGCAGUGUAUAGCACAGUCGGGUCGGUGCGGGACUCACAGUCACCACCACUCAACGUCGUCAGUGGAGUCGGUGACGAACGGAGUGGACGCCGGACUUCGAGACAAGUUAUGGUUCGUAGGCGAAAUGGAUAGAGCCCGAGCCCAAAACGAGCUAGAAACCAGAGAAAACGGGACUUUUCUAGUGAGGAUAAGACCCCAGAGUGAAGAAAAGGACAAGUACGCGCUCACGCUCAAAACCAACGACACCGUCAAACACAUGAAAAUCUGCAACACAGACGAACAAGAACGCAAGUACUAUCUAUCCUUAUCGAAAUUCUUUAGUAACAUAGAGGAACUAGUGCUCAACUACCAAAUCAACAGUCUACGGGAAAACUUCGAAAAACUGGAAGAGAACACGAAAUUGCUGUGGCCUUAUCGACAGCUUCUCGCCACCGCGAUCCGGAGCUUCGACCCCACCGACCACUGCCACUUGCCACUCAAGGAGGGUCAGACGGUGUACGUCAUCGGCAAAGAGGGGUACCGGGAGGGGUGGUGGAAGGGGCGCAACGAGCACCUCCAGAGCGGCUUUUUCCCGAGCGUGUUCGUGCGGGUGGAGGGGGAGGCCCGGUUCAACACUAGUCGGCAUUUCGCGCAGUAGUCGGGUGCCCGAGUCGUGCAUUACUUGCCAGUGUUACUUUUUUAAGUGUUUAUGGAUGUAUGGCAAGUGUAUUUGUGCCAUUUUGUAUCAAUCCUGCGAUUGUCUAGUAUUAUGAUGUGUCAAACUCAGCGCACGCGCAUUCCGGUGGGGAGGAGCUAGCGCCUGAUUGGCCGAUGGAUCUAUCACGCAAUUUUACUGUGAAACGCUCUCUGUACACUUUUCUGUCCGUCACAAAAUCAACGAAUUGACAGUUACUACUCCCCGUUUUAGAGUAUCUGUUGUUAAAAGGAAAAGUAUAUUUUAUUCUAGAAAUAUUAAAUGGAGAUAAUUUGUUAUCUUAAAUGUAUGUUUAAUAAAUGAGUAUUGUUUA